GGUUUCAGAAGCAGAGGGAGCUCCAAGAUCGAGGCUGGACUACUGUUCCCUGGAGUGUGGUCUCCCAGCCCCCUCUUUGUUUUGAUCAGGGAAUUUCGGACAUGCACCCUUGGGUAGGGAAUCGUAUGCACGGAACCAAGACAGGGAGAUCGGCCAGAGGUUCCUGCACAGGGAGCGACAAGGCCUGCCGCCUCUGGGAGCCCACAGUGUCGCCCAGCAUGAACGCUGGCAGGAGAGAGGACUGACUCAUUUUCUCCCAUCAGCUUCUGAAGUAAAAAAAACAACAACAACAACCAAGGACUCGGGGCAGCACUAGCCCCCUCACGCUACUUCUCCCAAGGUCCCUGCCCUGUCCUACAGAAGGAAGCGCGUUCCCCCAUCAGUGGUCACUGAGGUGUCAGCAGAAACACAUGCACCGUGAGCAAGGAAAGUGACACUGAACUCCAGGUGACUGCUCAUCACCAAAGCGGGUGCCUUUCACCACUUCAGCUCCAAAGUCCAGAGAAGCAGAAAGCCAGGACUGGUGACAUGGGCAAAUCGCCAGCAAUGUGGUGCGUGGUCCUGUUUUCUCUUUGGGCCUGGGCUUAUGCAGAACCUACGCUGCAUGGAGAGAUCCUGUCCCCUAACUACCCUCAGGCGUACCCCAAUGAUGUAAAGCAAACAUGGGAUGUCGAGGUUCCAGAAGGAUUUGGGAUCCACCUGUACUUCACCCAUCUGGACAUAGAGCUGUCAGAGAACUGCUUGUACGACUCAGUGAAGAUAGUGUCAGGAGGUAUUGAAGAAGGAAAACUCUGUGGACAGAGGACCAGCAAGAAUCCCAAAUCCCCCAUCAUAGAAGAGUUCCACAUCCCCUACAAUAAACUCCAGGUGACCUUUACAUCGGAUUUCUCCAAUGAAGAGCGUUACACCGGAUUUGCUGCUUAUUAUGUUGCCGUUGAUGUAAAUGAGUGCACAGAUUUUGCCGAUGUCCCUUGUAGCCACUUCUGCAACAACUUCAUUGGUGGCUACUUCUGCUCCUGUCCCCCAGAGUACUUUCUCCAUGAUGAUAAGAGGAAUUGUGGAGUCAACUGCAGUGGGGAUGUAUUCACUACACUGAUCGGGGAGAUUGCAAGUCCCAAUUAUCCCGAGGCAUACCCUGAAAACUCAAGGUGUGAAUACCAGAUUCAGCUGGAGGAGGGGUUCCAAGUGGUGAUGACCUUGAAGAGAGAAGAUUUUGAUGUGGAGCCAGCUGACUCAGAAGGGAACUGCCGGGACAGCUUAGAGUUUGUUACAAGAAGGCAACGGUUUGGUCCUUACUGUGGUAAUGGAUUCCCUGGGCCACUAACCAUAGAAACCAAGAGUAAUACUGUUGAUAUCAUCUUUCAAACUGACCUAACAGGGCAAAACAAAGGUUGGAAACUUCGUUACCAUGGAGAUCCAAUCCCCUGUCCCAAAGAAGUCCCUGCCAAUACAAUUUGGGAGCCUGAAAAGCCAAAAUAUGUGUUUAAAGAUGUAGUGAAGAUAACCUGUCUAGAAGGAUUCGAAAUUGUGGAGGGAGGCUCUGACCCAAUGUCUUUGUAUUCUACUUGUCUGAGCAACGGAAUGUGGAGUAAUUCCAAAGCGAGAUGCCAACCUGUGGACUGUGGUGAACCUGAACCCAUUCGAAAUGGCAAAGUUCAAAUGCCAGCAGAGACUUUAUUUGGUUCCGUCUUUCGCUACACUUGUGAGGAACCAUAUUACUACAUGGAACAUGAAGAAAGUGCUGAGUAUCGGUGCUCUGGUAACGGGAGCUGGGUGAACGAGGUGCUGGGCACAGAGCUGCCGAAAUGUGUUCCAGUGUGUGGAGUGCCCAGUAAGCCCUUUACAACAUCACAAAGGAUAUUUGGAGGCUCCAUUGCGGAUAUUGCGAGUUUCCCCUGGCAAGUCUUCUUCCAUUCCGAAAGGGCUGGUGGGGCCCUCAUUGAUGAAUACUGGGUGCUGACAGCAGCCCAUGUCGUGGAGAGAAACUAUCAUCCGACAAUGUACACUGGGUUGAACCUCACGAAGAGCUCACUGUUAGCCAAGACCCAUUCGCUCGCCGCUGAGAGUGUAUUUAUUCACCCAGAUUGGCAGCGGGUGGAUGACCCAAGCAUGCGAACCAAUUUUGACAAUGACAUUGCGCUCAUACGGCUGAAACAGCCAGUGAAGAUGGGCCCAGCUGUGUCUCCCAUCUGCCUGCCAGGCGCCUCCCUCAACUACAGCUUGUCAGUAGGGGACCUGGGUAUGAUCUCGGGCUGGGGUAAGACAGAGAAAAGAGAUUGGGUUGUCCAACUCAGAGGAGCCGUAUUACCUGUAACUGCUUUAGAGAUGUGCCAGGGGGUAAGACCGAAAAAUCCAAAACUGGACCCCAAGUCAUAUAUUUUCACAGAGAACAUGUUCUGUGCUGGAGGAUCGGGUGUGGACAGUUGUCAGGGAGACAGUGGUGGAGCUUUUGUUGUCAAAAGGCUCAUAGAAAACAGAUCUAAAUUUUAUGUCUUUGGUGUGGUGUCCUGGGGAAUUGAGUGUGGGACCUAUGGGGUCUACACCAAGGUACAGAACUAUGUUGAGUGGAUAAGAAGGACCAUGAAGGAGUAUAGCACCCCCCUUCAGGACUGACCACACAUAUCUUCUCUAUGGGUGUGACUAGGCCACUGUGCCCAGCUCCUUGUUAUUGUCCCAUCAUUUUAUGCUGACUGAGAGGAGACGUGGGAUCAUGAUUAAAAUAGAACACAAUUUUCAGGAAGCCUGGCUGGAUAUCAUGUUUGAUCACAGAAUUGUUAGUGAUUCAGGUGUGGCCUGCAGAUAGGCUGGGAGGGGUGCUCCUGUCUCCUACUAUUCUCCAGGGAUACCUUAAGUUUUUGUUUCUUCUUUACUUGUUUAAUAUUCUAUUUGCUUUCUAAUUCUCAAUGCCUAUUAUCUACUUCCAAUAAAGCAUGUUUAUAAUUCA